AUGGCACACUACGGUUUUGGAGAUAUGGAGGAACUGUUGGUCUGCAGAACGACGGUGAUCGAACACGCAGCCGCCGUGAAAUCAUACUCCGACAGUGCGCAUGUUCGUCAGGCCUCGAAUGCACUGGGUCUCGACUUUCACCUGCGCGACUUGCUGCCAGUCUCACACUUCCAGAACGGAAAGUCACCAUCCACAGCAACUACUUUGACCACACUCAUACCGCAAGCAAUCAGCUCGAUCCUCGUUCACUGCCAAGGUGAUAAGAGCGGAAAUGGGACUUCUGAUCAAGACGGCAUCAUCGCGCAGAUGUUUCCUCCUCAUUGCGGAAUGGGAUCCUGGCUGUGGCACAUGCGAAUGGUGGAAGUACUGUUUUACUUGACGCAGGCGAUUCACGAUCGGAUGGACGAAGAUGAAGAGUGGGAGGGGAUCUGCGAGCCCACGGUGCACGUCAAGAUGUUACUGCUACUCGAUGCAAAAGAUGCAGUCAUGUCGGCUGCAGCUUUGGAGGCAGAUCAGGGCAUUGGCCGCACUUACCAAGUCUUGGCUGCUUUGCGACUUGUGGGUGAUGAGGAAGCUUCGUUCAAGGCAUUGCAGUACGCUAAGGAUGCGUUGGCGGGAUACACGGGAAACCCUGCUGUCAUAGCACAGGGAGCCAGCGAACCCUCCAUUCUCCAUCUGCCUUACAGUAUGGUGAUUGCGUCUCAUGGAUACGCCGCCGCCCAGGAUCAGUUACGUCGCCUCACGCCCGGCACAGAAGAGUGGUGCACCACACCUGUCGCAGCCAUGGACGCCCUCAAAGGCCGCAUCCCAGAGUACGUGUCCGAUUCUUCAGUAAUCUUCCUCUCGACGUUGGUCUCGAAAAUCCGUGCGUCGAACGAAGAGGCAGCAGCAAUACUGGCGGCCGGCGGAUGUCUCGUGAGAGAGCCGCUGGACGCCGUGACACUCGACGGCGAGCUGGCUUCAUUCAGGCUAAGGAGGGAGGCGAGUGGUGCAAUCAACAGAGCGCGACAGAAGAAUUAUGCGGCGAUCAGUGCGUGA